ACAUCAUGGUGCUGUCAUGUCAUUCGUGAGUUUUGUUCGAUUGGCCGUCAUUGGGUUUUACGACGAAUUUUGUCCUUUUGUGAUGAACUAGAACAUUCGCAAUAAAUUGAUUUUUUAUUUUCACAAACUCAACACCGUAAACAUGUAUUAAAUUGUGAAAAUUCAAAAGUAAUACUGAUUGAAUCAAUCGCCCUGAAUAGCACUUGAAACUAUCCCACAGUAAUCACGUCGUAUGCACUAAAUAACAUUGGCCUCAAGAACUGUGAUGGAAACUAACUUCACCGCGAGCUCUAGGCGGAAAGAAUCAGCUGAGGAAGGCUACAAAUGAUAUAUCCAGACACGAAACUUUUGUGAAUCACUACGAAGAGGUAAGCGGAUCGUCGACAGACGGGUUUUAUGUGCGCGUGACGGUGACAUGAGCACAAACAACAAGCGGCGCGGAGCUAGCAGUUCCAGUUGUUCUGUCCCUGGGGUGCCUGCACUGGUGAACGCGCCAACCGCCAUGUCUGCCGACCUUGCGUCGCUAUUCGAGUGUCCUGUGUGUUUCGACUAUGUAUUGCCGCCGAUCCUGCAGUGCCAGAGUGGGCACCUGGUGUGCUCCAGCUGCCGUCCCAAGUUGUCCUGCUGCCCGACUUGCCGCGGCCCCCUCGGCAACAUACGCAACCUCGCUAUGGAGAAAGUGGCCAGCAAUGUUAUGUUCCCAUGUAAACACUCCAACACUGGCUGUACUGUCACCCUGGUGCACACGGAGAAGGCGGAGCAUGAAGAAGCCUGCGAGUUCAGGCCGUAUUCAUGUCCCUGCCCUGGUGCAUCAUGCAAGUGGCAAGGAGGCCUUGACCAAGUUAUGCCUCACCUCAUGAUGUCUCACAAAAGUAUUACCACUCUCCAGGGAGAAGACAUAGUGUUCCUGGCCACUGACAUUAACCUCCCUGGAGCAGUAGACUGGGUAAUGAUGCAGUCAUGUUUCAAUCAUCAUUUUAUGUUAGUCCUUGAAAAACAAGAGAAGUUUGAUGGACAUCAACAAUUCUUUGCCAUUGUGCAACUCAUAGGAUCUCGGAAGGAAGCAGAAAACUUUGCUUACAGAUUAGAGCUUAAUGGGCAUCGUAGAAGACUCACUUGGGAAGCCAUGCCGCGCUCCAUCCAUGAAGGAGUGUCAUCUGCUAUUAUGAAUUCGGAUUGUCUGGUAUUUGACACAUCUCUUGCACAAUUGUUUGCGGAUAAUGGAAACCUCGGAAUAAAUGUCACAAUAUCCAUUGCCUAAUCAUUACCACAUUUAUCAUUUAUAGCACAGUAACCUGAGUGACUUUCAUUGGCUGUUAACAAUAAUGUAAUUAUGUUUCCAAGUCAAUGGAAUUUAAACUUUUAACCACAAAAUAUAGUAGUUAUUAAAUAUAAUUAUACUAAAGAACAUAUACAUAUGCAACUGAAGUGAAACCAUAUUUUUGUUACAGUUUGUGGUGUUUGAGAUGUAAUUUUGACUUGACAUGUUUUAUAUUGAAUUUAUGAAAUAAUCAACAUCAAAGUAAGCCAAAAAUAAUGUUUUUUUAUUCUCAUUACUUUGUAAAUGUGUGUUCAACUUUAGAGUUAAGUAGUGGAAAGUUUAAAUUCUCAGAGUGAAUGAUAAAAUGUUCACUUUAGAAUUGCCUUGUCAAGAUAGUUUGUAUAAGAAUUGUGACCUCUCACAUGAGAAAAGUGAUUAUUUUAUUCCAAACAUUGAACAAAUUUGUACUAACAUUAAUUAAUAAUCAUUUGUAUAUAUUAUGAGCAUAGACAUUUAUGUUGCGAAUGAGUGAUGUUGCUUUGUGGAAAGGCUUCACCAGAUAUAAGGGUCACAACAAGUUGACUUACACCCAAGGCACUUAUCAGAUUUCCAGUGUUAUCAUUCAUUGUGGCAGAUAACUAAAGAUGUUAUUCACAUGAAGUUGUUAAGUAGGUCUGCAGCAUUUUGAUGCGUUUGCGCAAGCUAUAUUACACAGUGCUAGUGCUAACUAGCUUUUUGAAGCCAACUUAGCAAAUAUGUACAAAUAUUUAACAUCAAUAUGUCUAGUGAACUGUGUUAAUAUGACCUUUUGAAUGUACACAGUGGUGUGGUACAUUAUGCCUCUUACAUUUAAAUUAAAACAUUGUACAAGUCUGAAAUGUCAAAUAAUAAGCAAUGUGUUUGAAACAUUAAAAAUGUUCAAUUACUUUUCUGCCGGUACCUGACUGCCAAUCUUAUGAAGUAUAUUUAUACAAUAGAUUAGUGCACUUGGGGCUGCAAUGUUUCAUUAUCUGUCGACAAUCAUCACACCAUUUGAUUUUAUUUCUAAGUUGUGUUUAGGGUUGUAUUUUAGUAAACUUGAACCAGUACUUACAGUGGAGAGCAGAGAAAUAGCAUCAGUGGCACAAGUUUUUAAUUCAAACUUUUUAGAUUUCUUAGAACUUUCUUAGAUUCUAGAAUAAGUUCACUAAACUGAAAACUGGUUUUAUAUUUACUUGCAGUGUUUUGAACACAUUUUCGAAGUAAUUUUGCCAGAACAUCCCUUAUCUUUAAGAGACACAGCAUAUAGUCUCAAAAACAUUUCUGUUAUUCAGCUGUAGAUUUCUUAUGAAUAGUGCAUUUGGAAUAUGUGUAAAAAACAAUUAUUAGCACUAUGAAUACAUCAUUUUCUAAAAAUUUAUAAUUUCAGAUUAAUUGCUUACUCUCGUCUUCUUUUAAAAAACAGAACUUAUUCAAGAAUCUAUCUAUACUAUUUCUUUCUAAGUCUUUAUUUGUAUUUUUAAAAGAUUGUCAUUUAGUAUGUUUUACCCAAUAUGCAGUACAUUCCAAAACUAUGCUAUGGAAUAAUCUUGCCAUGUGCCAGGUGUGUCCCAGCUACUGGCUCUAUCUCAUUGCUCUCCAAUGUAUGUAGCUUUGUCUUAAGUUUGUUUCUGAGAACAAUAGCUCAAGAUUACCAGAAAUAUAUUGUUUUCUAUGUCGUGACUGUUAUAAUAAUAAAUAUUUUAGGUACCUUGUAAUUCGUUAGUGUUAGCUUCAUUUAUUUAUACCAACCGUUACUUAAUUGUGUAGUUUUAAUUGCCUCAUCUUAUAUCACUUCGCAAGUGUUACGGUGAGCAUAAAGCCGUAACUUUUUAUUAUUUAAAUUAAAUCUCUUCUAUAUCUAAGAAUAAACUGAUUAAAGUUUUAUGAAAAAUUCUAGUUGAAAUAAAUUUUGUAAUGUA